AUGGUCAAAGCUCUUUAUGGCCUCAAACAGGCUCCCCGGGCCUGGUUUAAUAAGCUUAAACAUGCCUUUCUGAAAUGGGUUUUUGUGUCUUCUGUGGCAGAUUCGAGUCUCUUCAUAUAUAGGAAAAAUGGUCAAGUCAUGUAUGUUAUUGUCUACGUAGAUGAUAUACUUUUGACAAGUCCCGAUGCUAAUUUUGUUCAUGAGAUUGUUCACAAGCUGAAUGUUGAUUUUGCUUUGAAAACCUUGGGAUCUCUCAAAUACUUCCUUGGUUUUGAGGUUCAUCGAAAUGCAUCAGGUUUGCAUAUGAGUCAGGCUAAGUAUGCUCAUGAUCUUCUUGUCAAGACUGGUAUGAUGGAUUCAAAUCCAUGUUCAACACCAAUGGCCAUAGGUAGCAAACUCACCUUUGAGGAUAGUGCCUUGUUUGAAAAACCAGCCCUUUAUCGGAGUACCAUUGGCGCUCUCCAAUACCUCACAUUAUCAAGACCUGAAAUAGCCUACUCAAUCAACAAACUCAGCCAAUUUCUUAAAGCCCCAACUCAGCUACAUUGGCAAGCUUGCAAGAGACUACUACGAUACCUUAAAGGCACUAUCAACUUUGGCAUUCAGUUCAGCAAAAUCUCCAGAUUUCAUUUAGAAUGUUUCACUGAUGCUGAUUGGGCAGGAGACAUUCAAGAUCGCAGAUCCACAAGUGGGUGUUGUGUGUUCCUUGGCUCCAAUUUGUUGCAAUGGAGCUCACGCAAACAAAGGGUUGUUUCACUGUCCUCUACCGAGGCAGAAUACAGGGCACUUGCCCAAGGUGCAACUGAGCUAGCGUGGUUUCGAAGCUUGUUCUCUGAAAUGGGCUCUCUUGCAUCCAACCCUAUUUUCCAUGCCCGUACUAAGCACAUUGAACUAGAUGCACAUUAUAUUAGAGAGCAAGUUGCCUCCAACUUUGUAAAAGUUCAAUAUGUUCCCAUUGAGCAUCAAACAGCUGACAUCUUCACCAAAUCCCUCUCCACUUCCAGAUUUGAGCUGCUCAGAAAUAAACUCCAUGUUACUGCACCCACUGCUCUUACUGAUUCUGCUUCUGGUUCCUCUCAGAAUGCUUCAGUUGUUAGUGCAUUCACUGCUCUUACUGAUUCUGCUUCUGGCUCCUCUCAGCAUGCUUCAAUCUAA